AUGAAAACCUUUAUUAUCGAUUUGAAAGUUAAAGAUACAGAACCAAUAGAUUGGAAAAAGGGGCUGUCUAAUUAUCUGAAGAGAUCAUAUGGUUCCAAGAACUGGAAACAUUUCUAUGAUGAGAAGAUAGCAAUCAAACUCGAUCAUCUUAGACACAACUCAAAUGGAGAAUUGGCACCUGAAUCAUUGUUAGAACAGAAUUUAAGAUAUUAUGCAUUCUUGGAACAUUUAGACCAACGUUUAGCAAAUAAUAGUUCACAACUAAGAAUGGAUUUUGUAUGGUAUGAUGCUCAAUAUCCUCUUACUCCAAGAGAUCAAAAAUAUAAACAACAUACUUUAACUUUUGAGAAAUCAUCUACGCUGUUCAACAUUGCUGUAAUCCUUUCUCAAGCAGCAAACGAUGUUUGCGAUAAAGAUGACAAAUUAGCUAUUGGAUAUCUGUCAAGAGCUACUGCCUGCUUUAAUUAUAUUUCAGAAAAUUUCUUAAAUUCACCAUCAACUGACUUGCAAGCAGAAAAUGCACAAUUUCUUGCCAAUCUUUGCCAUGUUGAAGCUCAAGAGUUGUUCCUACAGAAAUUACUCAACGGACCAGCACCAGAGAAACAAGCCUCAUUAAUAAGUAAGCUAGCAUCUGCUGCAAGUGGUCUUUAUGAUAAGACCUCCAAUUAUUUGAAAGUUCCUGAAGAAAGAAUAAUACCCUAUGGUGAAUCUAAAUGGACUUCUAUUCUGACAUGCAAGAUGUAUGUCUAUAAAUCUGUCACUGCAUACCAUUAUGCUUUACAUUUGGAACAAGAGGGUAAAUAUGGACAAGCAAUUGCAUAUUUGAAACUUGCAUCCCGUUCAAUUACUUCAUCAUUCCCCUUCAAAGUAUGGUUGAAAGAUUUUAUUGAUUUUGAAGGGUUUAAAGAUACUAUUGAAACAAAAACUAAAGAGAUGGAAAAGGAUAAUGAUUAUAUUUACCAUGAUACCAUUCCUUCAAGUGUUUCAUUGGAAAGUAUUAAGCCCAUAGACGCUAUUAAAUGUCCAUCAUGGGAACAACAAUUGAAAAGUUAUAUGGAAACAACAGCUUCUGAUACUGAUUCUCUAUAUAAAGGUAUUGUCCCAAUGGAAAUUUAUGAAAAGGAGAGUAUUUACUCUGAAGAGAAAGCUCAAAUGCUGAGAAAUGAAAUGGAGGCAACUGAAACAGCCAAUUUAGAAUAUACAUCCUUUGUAGAUUUUACAAAUUUACCAAAAUUGAUUACCGAUUUAGAAAAGAGAUACUCUACUUCUGGAGCUAGUAGUACGGAGGACCCUCAAGUUGAAUUAAUGAGGAAACAAUUGACAUCAUAUGCUUCUGUGAUACAUAACAGUCCCUUUAAUGAUGUAGAUAAAGUUAUAAGAGAUAUUUCUUUCAUGAGACAAGAAAUAUUAGAUAUUUUAGUUACUCUACCUAGUCAAGAGAAGGAAAAUUCUCUCAAGUUAAAGGCUUCAUUAGUGGAAGCAUCGAAAUCAGAUGAAAAAUUAUUUUUUUUAGUCAAACCUUACAUGGAAGAAAUAAAACUAUUAAACAAUGCGAAUUUAUUGUGGAGUAAAUUUAAUACAUUUGAUUUGUCGAGCCAAAACCAACCAAGUUUAUUAGAUAUUGAUGAUAAAAAGACCGAAACGAUUUUAAGAAAGUUAAAAGUUGUAAAGAAAUCGGCUGAAGCACUACGUGUUUUGAAAGAGGAGCGUCAAAGAACAUUAUCGGAAUUGAAAGAAGCUGUCAACGAGGAUGAUAUAACAAGUUUAUUAAUUGGUAAUAAAGAUAAAUCAGAUGCUGAAUUGAAAUUAGUUUUCAAUGAUGAAAUGGAAAAAUUUAAACCGUUAAGUACAAGAAUAGAGGCUACAAUUUUCAAGCAGGCGUCAAUUAUAAACGAAAUCAAACUGGCGUUAGAUGAUGUGUUUAGUUUGACAGGGAUACAAGAUAAAUCAUCUGAAGAAAGAAACGCUGAUAAGAAGCGAAUUGAAUUUGUCGACAGGUUAGAGAAAGCAACGAAUAAUUUUACUAUAUUUGUCUCAGAUAUUCAAAAGGGUAUUGGAUUUUAUAGUUCACUACUAAAGCUCAGUAAAGAUUUAGCAUCUUCAGCAAAAUUGCGUAUGGGAGAUAAUUCAGUGUCUGGUGGACAACAGAUCUUACCACCUCCGCUUCCGGAACAUGCACCUUCCCAACCUCCUCCUCCCCAAUAUAGCAGAAGCCCGCCACAUAUGGGAGGAUAUGGAACCGCCACGAUUGAUUCCCAAAUGGCCAAUCUUAACAUGAAUCAAUCCCCAGCGGUUCCGCCUAGGAACUAUAUUCCUGGCGAGUUUCCACAAUCACAACCGCAAUCACAACAGCAAAUGUCAACUUUUUCUCAAGUUCCAACGGUUCCGCAAGUCCAAAGUUUUCCUCAAGCGCAAUCACAAAUGUCACAGGGGCCUAUAGUCCCGCCAAAACAACCUCCGAUGGGUAUAAACGGGCUACUUGCAACGCAGAGACAAGCUGAUAAUGAGGAGCGGGAGUUACAAAUGAAUCCAACAUCAUUUUACAACAAGUCUUCGGUGUUUGAUGAAAAUUUAUAUUCAAAAUAUAGCGGUUGA